CUAAAUUCGGCAUUCUGGAGUCGUCGAUCUGAGAUAGAUUAAUACAAACAAACGGCAUCUCGGAAUAACUCGCGUAGGCAAGAUUGUGCCUCUACCGCAACGCCAUCAUCAGCAAUAUGCAUUCCAAGUCUUGAAAUUAGACGCAAGUACUACUGCUUACCUGUGAAACCUUGCCACGGAUGCCGAACCACUGGGGGUAUGGUUGAAUCUGGAGACGCGCGGCCAACUGGGCAAUCAACCACAUCUCAGCGAAAGCGUGAGCGGGACAAACUCAACCAACGCAACAAACGACAACGCGAACGCGAGCAUAUAGCCGCGCUCGAAGAGAAGAUUCGUUCUCUCGAGCAAGAACUGCGGAACGCCACGCUAUGUCAACAAAGUUCCACGGAAACCGAAGAUCAGGGACAGCUUACCUACCUUGAUGCUGCGACCAGACCGCCAGGCGAUAUAACUUCAGGGCAACUACAAUCAUGGCGCACAUUGACCGGUACUAUUAGCAUAAAUAGCUCACCCGCUAUACCUGUAGCAGCUUUGUCUGAUACCAAUCAGUCCACGGAGACGUCGGUAGCACAAUCUACAGUGACAGACCGCUCAAGUUCGCCCGGCCUCGUGGUUACAUUAUCCUUGGAGCCAUUAGGCAAGCUGCUGGCCACACCCGACUGGCUUCGGCUUCCACUUCUUACCUUCUCUACUUUAUCCGCUCCUAGGGUUCUGCUUCCCAAUGAAAGGUUUGGAUCUGUCAUUGAACAUCUAAGAUGCACACCAAAUGUCGCCAUGCUACUACCUGUCAAGCCAAAGGUGCUGGACAUGUUGUUCGGAGGGUCACGAAAUGAACUUGCAAACCUCAUUGUCUCGGCAUUGGCGCCCUACCCCGUACUGCCACCGGAGAAGUUUGCAAUUGGCUGGCUCAUGUACCUCUAUUUUCGGUGGUACAUUGCGCCUUCACAGCAGGCAUAUUUAGCAAUUCCCAAGCAUAUGCGGCCGACACCAUGUCAGUUGUUCCUGGAGCAUCCUGUCUAUAUCAUUGCAUUACUGUGGCCCAGCCUGCGCGACAGGCUUGUCUUGCACUGGCGCAAGUACAACCUCGAAAACGUGUUCGGCUUGCUAAGUUGCACAAUACGCGUGCGAGCCUCUUUCAAUGGCAAUUUUGUUACCCGGGAGAAUGAUGGCGAACCGCAAGUGGACGAGACUUUCUACAGGCGAUUCAUGCAGGAGGAUGGCUGGGGCGUUUUAGAUAGAUUCUGGACAGAAUACCCGGAACUUGUGGAAGGGCUCGAUUACAAUUUCAGGAUAGGCGAAGAGCACCUGUUACCGACUUGAAUGUUAACGGCAAUGGCAAUACUCUACUACGGUCUACAUCUAUAUACGAAGUCAAAAAUUCUGAACAACAAAGGCAAACAUGGUCUUAGAGGCGCUUGCCAACACCGCAAUACUGCCACGUCUGC